AUGAAUUUGUCCACAAAACCUCCUCGAAGCAGUGUAUCUGAACCACUAAAGAGUUGUUCAAACAGUCGGCGGCCAUCUUUGUCAGAUGAAAAGGAUGUUUUAGUUUUACAGAUAAAGAAUCUUCAAACAGAAGUAGCAUCUCUGAAGAGAGAAGAUAUUGAGACGCCCAAAGCAAUCACGGCUGAUUUAGAAGAACUUAGAAGAGAAUUUAGUAGGCAAAUAAAUGAUUUCAAAAUAAAGCUGCAAAAAGCAGAGCAGGACAAUGCGCGGCUUGAAGGACUUGUGGCGAGACUGGAAAGUCAAGUGAAGCGUUACAAGACUCAGGCGGAGGCCGCGGAAGCGACGGAGGAUUCUCUUAAAGCUGAAAAAAGAAAGUUGCAAAGAGAGCUUCGUAAAGCUCAAGAUGAAAUAGGCGAAUUACAGACCGUUAACGAUCACCUUCAGAAGAGAUUCGAUAAACUAAAGAGCAAAAGAAAAGAUGACACGUAGUGCAUGUAGAUAUAGUUUUGUUACUAAUUCAGGGAACAUUUGUAUGUCGAAUUCAAUGAACAGAACCGACAUAUCCAGUUUGAUCUGAGGCGAACAGGCCUGUUUGUGCAAUAAAACAACGUCGGUCGUUAUCACUUCCCGAUGAGUUUUGCCGUCAUUAACUGUCACUGUCAUUGUUAUAGUUUGUCUGAUUGGCUGGAAAUAGUUAACAAAGUGCCUCAGAAGGUUAACAAAAUAGCAGAGACAGUGAUUGAUGAAAAAUGACACCUGAGAGUACCAUAGAAGAUAAUUUUAUAUGCGCGAGGUUAUUUUAUAUUUUCCAACGUGAGAUAGACGCAUUUUCGUAAGGGAAUGUUUAAUAACUCGAGGGAAUGGUGUGGAAAACGUAAUGCCGUUUGUGGCUUGCUUACUUAUGGCUUGCAGACCAUAUUAGUAGAUAUGAAGCUAUUUUUCCACAAAUAGUUUCCUUUCAGUUAAAUAGGAACACAUAAUGCCUUUUGAACUGGCUUUAACAGCAUUUUGAUCGCUUUCAAUGCGCAGUAGUCAAUAAACCUGGUAUUCAAGCCAAAGUACGGAGUGGAAAUUAUUUUUACAGGAAAAAAAUUGUUGUUUACUUAGUGAUUAGUAAUUGUUAAUGAAGGGAAAUGUAAAGGUUUUCUGAGUGUAACCGUUUUGCUUCUAGGAAUUUUUAACACGUAGUUUUCUUCGACAGAAUCAAUACAUUGUUUCAUUGCUGAGCAACAGGAGACGAAAAUGCACAAACUUAUCGGC